AUGGCAACAAAAACAAUCCAAGAUCAAUUAUUUUAUAACUGCAAUCGGUAAUUUUUAAUUUAAGUUUCAAAGUAUGUGAAUUACCUUGUAGGAGUACCAUUAUGUCGUCUGUGAAGGUAGCUGUAAGGGUACGCCCCUUCAAUCAAAGGGAAAUUGACUUGGAUGCACAACUAAUAAUACAAAUGAGGGACAAAACUACUGGCAUACUCAAUAGCAAGGCAAAUAUUCGAGAUGAAAGUAUUAGAUACAAGGAAUUUACUUUUGACUACUCCUAUUGGUCUCAUAAAGAGGACUCUAAUUAUGCAUCUCAAGAAACUGUAUACAAUAACUUAGGAAAGGAAGUUAUAGAUUGUGCAUUUGAAGGUUAUAAUGCUUGUAUUUUUGCUUAUGGGCAGACAGGCAGUGGGAAGACAUUCACAAUGAUGGGAUCUCCUGAGAACCCAGGGCUCAUUCCCAGGAUAUGCAAGGCUCUAUUUGAGAAAAUGGCAGAAAAUUCUAAAAGAGGAACUACUCAUAGAGUUCAAGUCAGCUAUUUGGAAAUUUAUCAAGAACGGGUAGCUGAUUUACUUAGAGGCACAUCCUCUCUAAAAGUUCGAGAACACCCUAAAAAAGGGCCAUAUGUUCAGGGACUAACAACUACUCUGGUAACAAAUUAUGGGCAUAUUCAAGACUGCAUGGACAGGGGAAACUCUCAUCGAACAACUGCUGCUACCAACAUGAAUGAUGUCAGUAGUAGGAGUCAUGCGAUUUUCACAAUAACCUUCGUCCAAGCAGGAUAUUGUGAUGGUGUACCUAGUGAAACAGUGUCGAAGAUACAUUUGGUGGAUUUGGCAGGCAGUGAGAGAGCAGAUUCCACAGGUGCGACCGGUCAAAGACUCAAAGAGGGUGCUCACAUCAACAAAUCGUUGGUCACUUUGGGAUCUGUGAUAUCGGCCCUAGCUGAAAUCUCAGUGGACCAAAAUGCUCAAAAGAAAUCGAUUUUUAUUCCUUACAGAGAUUCCGUCCUCACUUGGUUGUUGAAAGAUAGUCUCGGUGGGAAUUCUAAGACUAUUAUGAUAGCUGCUAUCAGUCCUGCUGAUUGCAAUUAUGGAGAAACUUUGAGUACCUUACGUUACGCAAAUAGAGCUAAAAACAUUAUUAACAAACCUACUGUCAACGAAGAUCCUAAUGUGAAACUAAUUAGAGAACUGAGGGAUGAAAUAAGUAAAUUGAGGGCACUUAUGUUCUGUGAACAAAGGACUGAUAUGUUGGCCCAACUGCAGGAGAAGGAAGCUAGAGAGAAGGAACUGACUGAAGAAUGGACUGGAAAAUGGAGGGAAGCACAGGCGAUAUUGAGAGAACAAAGGGCAUUAGGACUGAGAAAAUCGGGACCUGGAGUAGUUUUAGAUUCUGAUAGGCCACAUUUGGUUGCAAUUGACGACGAUCCCUUAACUACGGGGGUCACAUUAUAUCAUUUGAAGGAAGGAAAAACUACUAUAGGAACAGAAGAAUCAGAUGUGAAACAGGAUAUUGAACUGAGAGGAGCUGGUAUGGAACCGCAACAUUGUAUCAUUUCAUUUGAAAAUGGCAUCACGACAUUGAUACCUCACCAAGGAGCACAUGUUAUGCUAAACAACGCAAUAUUAGAAUCUCCUGCUAGGUUGUCUCAGGGUUGUAUCAUUUUCAUUGGAAAAGCACAUGUUUUCAGAUAUAACGAUCCAGCAGAAGCUGCGGAGUUGAGAAAGAACGAGAAGGCACAUAAUUUAUCUAGAUUAAGCCUUUUGAGCUGGUCGACACCUGAUUUAGCAGUAUCAAUGGAAAAUUUACAACUGAAUGUUGAUGAAGAGAAGAGUGAUAUAGAGAUGCAAAGACUGAAUUUAGAAAAGGAAAAGGAACAGUUGGAGAGGGAACAGGAGGCUUUCGAAAAACAACAGGAAAUUUUCGAGAAACAUAGAAGAGCUCUGGAGCAAGCACAGUUGAAAUUAGAAACGGAGAAACAAUUGAUACAGAGAGAAUUUGCUGAACAGACUCGACAAUUGCAAGAUGAUUGGCGAAAUCUGGCAACAGAGCAAAGGCAGAGAGAGGUGGAGCUAGAAAAGAAAGAAGAGCAAUUGAUUCUCGAGAGACAAAGAUUAGAAAGGAAUAGAAAGACUGUUUUAGGUGAAAUUGAGCACGAAUGUGAACAGUUGCAAGAUGUCAAUGCUGAUUUAUUGGUUAGAUUCACUGAUGUAUGUCAAUUUGUUAAUUCUAACAUAAAUGAAAUUGUGUUUUCUUGUCCUGAAGGAAGCCACUUAUUUCAGGAACUUGCUGCAAAGUUCAUUGAGUCUCCUACAACACCUCAAGAUACUGAUAGUUUGAUAGAUAUGAUAAAUCGAGCUAAGGGAAGUUGUACAACACAAGACCUGAUAGAAAGACAUAGGAAAGAGUUGGCAGAGUUACAAGCUGAACUGAAUCGAAGAGUACACGCAUUGUGCGAGAGACAAAAAAGCGUGGAACUCCUAGACAAAAAGAUUGUGGACUUAGUAGAUAAACAAAAAUUACUGUGUAUAGAUCAGAACAAAGAAGAAGAACUUAAUGUACUGAGGAUUGGAUUAGUGAAAAGGACUGAAGAAGAAAUGAAGGAAAUUGAACGAAAAAAACAGGGGUUCACAUUGAAUCUCAAACAAUUCUACCCCGUCCCGAGUCCGGACUCGUGCGAAGUGAACUACACGAACAGUGGCGCGAAUACAACCGAUCUGGGCACGGAAACGCUGAGCAGCGGCACGUAUCACACCGCAGCCGACAGCUGCUCGCCCAUGUUCACUGGCGCAAAAUCAGAGGGUCUGAUGAGCGACAGCGGAGUGGAACUCAGGCCUGCGUCCCGGCCGCAGGACGAUAGCGACGUUUCCAGCAGUAAUGACAACGAUGACAAGGUGGUGGUUAGCGAUUCACAAUCUACAAGUUCAUUGGAAACUAAUUCGCCUGCAAACAAAAUAUCAAAUAGAGAAGAAAUUAUACUGCGAAGAUUGGCGCAAAGAAUAAACCAGCAAAAGCAGUCGAUACUACGAAAUUUGGACAGCCAGUGUCCGAAAAUUUACUUAGAUAACCAAAUAGCAGUUUUACAAGAACUGCAACGUCAAUACAUGGUGAGAUAUGGCUGUGCGUCAUUGUUGACACCGACUCAGGAGCAUCCCCUUCAAGAUCUCGACAGUCCGAGCCCUGUUGGUCCAUUCAGGACAGGGUCUGCUUCGGCCCUUUACUCACCGUCGGCCCAGAUACAAAAUCAACGAUUAUAUCAUCAGUGUCUUCAUAGUUCUAUGCCUUCAAUUUAUAUGGAAUCCGAUUCAAUCUUCAAUAUAACGAGUUAUUGCCUUAGAGGUACUGGCUUCAGAACUCAUUAUGAAUAUGAAGUGAGGAUAUGCACCGUGGACGACCGAUGGUAUAUUCUUCGAAGAUACAGUCGAUUCAGGGAUUUAUAUAUUGCGAUGAAAGCUCGUUACAAAGACAAAGUUGCAGGUAUACCAUUUCCGUCAAAAAUACUUUUUCCCAAUACCGAAAUGGUAGCCAGAUCGAGAAAGAAGCAAUUAGAACUGUACCUCAAUAGACUAAUAGAGACCUGUAAAAAUCAUCCAGCCCUUCCACUGGCCUCUGGUGAACCCGUCACUAAAGAAGCCUUACUGAAGAUUUCACCCUUUUUCCGAAAAGGGCCCUGUGAAAAUGGGAAGUGCACUACUUCAUGA